AUGCCAGAAGCAAAGCCAAUCCAGGAUGAUCAAAUCAGCUCACUGCCUGAAGAUUUGUCAAAGCUGUUCAGUUUCAUACCUUCCACCGAGCCCAUCUCCGAUUGGUAUAGCGACAGUGGAGAGCUCUCCAACGGUCACUCUUCCGGCGUAACGGAUGCUUGUUUGGAUUUUGACAUGCAGCAGCAUAUGGCCGCAUUGUUCCCUGUUACUGCCACAGCAGAGCAUGGCAAAGCCUCUAGCUCUUGGGACAACUUGCCUGGAAUUUGCUGA